AUCAAUCAGAUCCAGAAUUGCUCAUGGCCGAGCAACCGGAACAAUGUCCUCCACGCGAUGCGACUAGCCGCCAGUUCCCUGGCCCGAAGCUUACUGCAGCAGGCGGAACGAUAGCCAUGUCCUCCGGCCGUCCAAGUGCGUCCUCUCCCUUGCAUGACCGGAUCGUGUUGUCGCGGUCUGAAGCAGAACUACAGUCGAGGAGGUCAGGAGUGGCCAUACCAGACGCCACGACAUGCAUCAUGGACUUGCCGCCGCCGCAAGUCAUGUCAACAGAAAGCCAGCAGGAUGACACGGUCGCCGAUGAUCGUGGAGCGAGCAGAGAGCAAACACUACAGGUUAAUAAAGAUGGACAAACGUUGAUUGUUCCUGAAGUUGGAAAGACUUAUGAUUCAGAGGAAGCUGCUUAUGACAUGUACAACACAUAUGCCGGCAAAGUUGGAUUUAGUAUUAGAAAGAACCAGACAAAGCGUCGACAUGAUGGUAGCAUAUACCAAAAAUAUAUUGUUUGCAGUAACGAAGGUCAUCGAGAAACUGCGUCGUCCAAGGACACUACAAGGACUGGUUGCCAUGCCCGUAUUCAGUUUAGUGUUAGCAGAGAGGGGGUUUGGACAGUGCAAAAGGUUGUAACCGAUCAUAAUCAUUAUCUUGCUAGUCCCAAUAAGGUGCACAAACUAAGGUCCCAACGACGUGUUAUAGAGGCAGACAGACAUCUAAUUGGUCAAAUACGGGAAGCCGGGAUGAAGCCAUCCCAGGUGUAUGACUUCAUGGUAGCGUUUUAAGAAGGACCAGACAAAGUGUCAUUCUCAAAGACGGAUUGCAAUAACGAGAUUGGUCGUGAGCGCAAAAAGUACUUACAAUCAAAUGAUUCGCAAACACUUUUGGAAUACUUGAAAAAUAAGCAGAGAGAGGAUCCAACAUUUUUUUAUGCCAUUCAAGUAGAUGAGAAAGAUGGUCGGAUUGCUAAUUUCUUUUGGGCAGAUGGCCAGUCUAUCAUGGAUUACGCAUGUUUUGGAGAUGCUGUAUCAUUUGACACUAUGUUUCAAACUAACAAGUUUGAAAUGCCUUUUGCUCCAAUCCUUGGAACCAACCAUCACAAGCAGACUAUAAUUUUUGGGACAUUGCUGUUAUUUAAUGAGACCAUUGAGUCAUCUGUUUGGCUGUUUGAAACCUUUCCAACCGCAAUGUCGGGUAAGCAUCCAAGCACAAUUUUUACUGAUCAGGAUGCGGCCAUGGAAGGAGCAGUUGCAUAUGUGUUUCGAAAUACUAGUCAUCGACUUUGUCUAUGGCACAUUUAUCUUAAUGCUGCUAAACAUCUCGGACAUGUAAUUCAUAAGCAUCCUGAGAAGUUUCUACCUGAUUUCAAGAGAUGUGUCUAUGAAGAUAGAUCAGAGUAUAAGGUCAACAAGAAGUGGUUUGAAUUGUUGGAUCAGUACAACCUCCAGGACAACGAAUGGAUGGCAAACCUAUAUGAGUUGAGGGAAAAGUGGGCUGCUGUCUAUCGUGACUCAUUUACAGCUGAUAUGAACUCGACUCAAAGGAGUGAAGGUAUGAAUAAUGUUUUCAAGCAAAGAUUUCAUAGGAGACUCGGUCUCUCGGAACUCCUUGUAGAAUGUGAGAAGGUUUCUCAUAGUCUUCGGGAAAAUGAGUUGGAUGCAGAUUUUAGUUCACGCCGAAAGAAUCUGAUUACUUACUCAUCUAAGUUGCCUUUGUUGAAGACCACAUCUGAAUCAUAUACAAGGAGGAUGUAUUCAGAGUUCGAGGAAGAAUUUACAGGACAAUUUUCAAUGUCUUGUAAAUUGUUACAAACUGAGGGGCCAGUCAUGACAUACAUGGUUACACAUAUGAAGAGCGAGUAUGGAACACAAGUUAUAUUCAAUACAGAGGAUACUACCAUUACAUGUUGUUGCAGAAAGUACGAAU